AUGCGGGGAUUCUUCACAUUUGCUAAAUCGUUUAUCAGCUUCUCCUCUGUAAAAACUCAACAAAUGAAAGUUUCAAUUAGAUUAGUCAAUCAAUCAAUUAAUUGCUAAUUGAGAUUGAGUUCCACUUUAACAGCACUUAGAAUGGCUAAUCUAUAUGGAAUUUGGUAAAAGUCUUCAAUGUAGGAAGUUGAUGAUGAAUCCGAAUUAGAUAUCCACAUUUCUCAGCUUAUGUCAUUGUCUCUAAAAGCAGAACAACAAACCAUACAAACCAACAUUUGAUUAUAUUAUACAUUAAUAAUAAAAAGAUCAAUAUUUACA